UAUCGAGUAGAUGAAGUUCACUUCAUGAAGAAUGAAUAGGUGUGCAAAAAAUUAAAAGCUCACAUCCAAUUGUACUGCGUCACUUUUAACAUGCGUGAUGAAUCUCUGGCUUUUUCCCCAUUUAAGGUUUUUCUUCCAUCCUUUGAUAUCAACAAGACUUCGAUCGAACGAGGAAAUACGUCAUCAGGGCAGAGUGCGUAGGAAAAUCACCAUUGAAAUGGAGGGGAGAUAUAUAAAGUGAACGUCUAAAUUUGAGUCCUCAGAGUGUAAAUCUACUAUGGUGUCAAAGGUCGCGUUGGCCUUUAGUGCAACGCUUGUCCUGCUUCUGAUUCAGGCAAGACGCUGCACUGAAGAUUCGGAGCAUGAUCAGGUUGAACAAGAUCUGCAAACUCUGUCAGAAUACGGUAAGGAUGACACUGGAGCUCGUAUUGAUGCAAGUCGAAGGCUCGUGAAGUCUGCACAGAGGAGAAUACUGUCUGCCGAUAACUGCACCACAGUGAACCAUUUAAGGGAUAGAGCUUUGAUCUAUCUGUCAAGGGACGAGGAGGAUUUCUUGUCGCAAGCUCAAGAUACGAUCUGUAUGGGCCUAUGUUUUCUCUCGCGGCACACUGAAUCCAUCACGAACAAAAACUGCACUAAAGCUUCAAAUAUGGAGAGCUCAGCGGAACCAGGAAAUGAGACGAUUUCGCCAAUAUCGGACGACAGCUCAGAGUGUCAUCUACUCGAUGAAAAAAACAAAGCCACGGACGUGCUCACCGAGGUUUUGCGCGAUUACGAGGCCGAUUUGAUGAGAAACCAAGUCGUGUUCGAGGCCGCCAUUGACGCCAUCCUCAACGCACUUGCAGUUUCCGAAGGGCUAGUGGUGGAACUGAAAGGGGGUCAUAGGAACCCCCAGACUCGCCGCGGAGUUGAGGAGACCCUCAGAAUUGCGCUAGGGCUGAACAACAUCUUCGAGUGCUCUACAACCGCUGAAUAAACCCGAGAGGCGCACAUUGGAUCGAGUCAAUGGAGGAGGUCGGAUGAAAGUUAAAAGCUUACGACUCCGUUAAAUCAAAACUUCAAGAUUUUAAAAGUCAGUUGAUUUUUUAAAAUAGAUUUUAAA